CUCUCUUGUUUUCAGCCUUUUCACACCCGGAUAGUCCAUUGCCAAAUAUCUCUUCCUCCUCCUCGUCUUCUUAAAAAUAAUUUACUACAACAACAGUCAACACAGCUUCUGUCCCUCUCCAUAAUUCAUCACAUACACCUCAGACACUGAUCGACUCUUGUUUGAACUUUCUAUCUAUACUCCAGCUCAUCUCUACUCCAACUUUCCAAGAUACCCAUCAACGAUCAGUCCUCUUUCUCCUCUAAGUUCAAACCACCCACCAAAGAACUGAAUCUCUCUCCUUUCUUCUACAGACCUCACACAGUCAAAAGUCCCCACUGAGCACCCAUCAACACUUCAUUGCCCAGGUACACUGACACAACACAGAGUCACAGACUCUCUCUCUUCUGAGAGAGGGAGAGAGUUGAAACCACAAUGCCUACCUUGAUCCUCCUCUUCCUCCUCCUUUCCUCUACUUGUCAUCACUCAGCCUGCAAGACCAUUAGCAAUCACCAUCGCCGGAUCCUCCAUCAACCCUUCUUCCCUCUGGACUCAAAUCCUCCAACCCAAUCUCCACCCCAGCCCAAAUUCCCAUUUUCUUCAAACAACAAUCAACCACCUUUCUUCCCAUCUCUUCCCUCUCCACCUCCUCCACCCUCUCCAACCACCGACUCCGCAUUCCCUUCUAACAUCUCCUCUCUCAUCUUUCCUCAGCCUCCCCACCGCAAAUCCUUUUCGCCCAAGCUCGUCAUCAUCACCGUUAUCCUCUCCCUCCUUGCCCUUGUUUUCGUUUCUGCUUUCGCCGUCCUUCUCUAUAUCAGGAAACGACGAAAUUUAUCCAACGGCAAGACAUCCAGAUCCGAUCGGUGCCCAUCUUCGGUCGCUCCAACCGAUGCCCAUCAAAAGGUUAGCGGCGUAUCUGCCACUAGCUCUGAGUUUCUCUAUCUGGGUACUCUUGUCAAUUCCCAUGGGAUCGAUGGUGAUACCGAUGCCGGCAAUGCUAGUGGCGCCGCCGCCAGUACGUCGCCAUAUAGAAAACUGGGUUCCCCGGAGCUCCACCCGCUUCCACCGCUUUCCCAACAAAGUUUCAGGCAGAAACAUAAAAAUGCAGACGGAAGUACGACUGCAGAUGAGGAAGAGGAGUUUUACUCCCCGAGAAGUUCUACUGGUGGUAAGGAGAGCUUGACUGCUACUGGAUCAAGCUCUCGGAGGGUACAUCAGGCUGUGUCGGUGGAGAAUUUUGGGAGCAGAAGCUCAAACUCGAGUACGCCAUCAUACCCAUCUUCCGAUUCGGCCUCGCGUACUCCAUCUAUGUCUAACAGUCCUUCACCGGUUAGCUUAAGCUCGAGAAGCUUAAAAUCGAAACUGCCAGACUUUGUUGCAACUCUGCCUCCACCUCCUCAACCGCCGCCGCCACCACCGCGUCCGAUGACUCCAUCACCUCCCAAGAGAAAGCCCCCUUCACCCUCUCCGCCUUCUUCACCUCCAGUAAGGGAUUCGAAAAUAAUCACACAUUCACCCGUAAGAAUUUCUGAUUUGGAGAAAAACCCACGUUCACCCACAAGAAUUUCUGAUUCGGAGAAAAGCUCACACUCUGAUUCAACCACUAGAAGUUUCGGUUCGGAAGAAAACCGACACUCACCCACUAGGAUUUCUAAUUCGGAGAAAAAUCCGUAUUCGCCCACAACAAUUUCUGAUUCAGAGGAAAGCCCAUAUUCGUCUCCUAGGAUCUCUAAUUGGGAGAAAAAUCCACAUUCACCCACAAGAAUUUCUGAUUCAGAGAAAAAUCCAUCUUCGCCUAUAAUAAUUUCUGAUUUGGAGAAAAAUCCGCAUUCACCCACCGCAAUAUCUGAUUCCGAGAAAAACCCACAUUUAUCCACAAGAGCUUCUGAUGUUUCUCUCCAAAAUGGGCAGUCUCCGGCGGGAACGGAUGGUAUUUCUAGGUGCCCUGUUUCCAUCCCACCACCGCCACCUCCACCUCCACCACCCCGAUUCUGGAAUACUCCAAUUCAUCGUCCACCAGCCCGUGAACCAGUUACUAGACCACCCAAACUUGUUAAUCCUGUUGCAUCAGUUGUCUGUCAAAAUUCACCUGGAAUUUCUCCGAAUGGUUUACCACAGAAUUCCGAGACCAAUGAGAGAAAUGAGGAGACUCCAAAGCCAAAGCUGAAGCCGUUACAUUGGGACAAGGUUAGAGCAAGCUCCGAUCGUGCAAUGGUGUGGGAUCAGUUGAAAUCCAGUUCUUUCAAACUGAACGAGGAGAUGAUCGAGACGUUGUUUGUGGUGAAUACUUCGAACUCGACUCCAAAAGAGAUGACACGCCAUCCGAUCCUUCCUUCGCCUAACCAAGAGAAUAGGGUACUUGAUCCAAAGAAAUCUCAGAAUAUAGCCAUUUUGCUGCGGGCACUGAAUGUGACUGUAGAGGAAGUCUGUGAAGCCCUUUUAGAAGGUAACACAGAUACACUGGGAACUGAUCUUCUAGAAAGUUUGUUAAGGAUGGCUCCAACCAAAGAAGAAGAACGUAAAUUAAAAGAAUACACAGAUGAUUCACCAUUCAAGCUUGGCCAUGCAGAGAAAUUUCUUAAGGCAGUUCUUGAUAUUCCUUUUGCAUUUAAGAGGGUGGAUGCAAUGCUAUAUAUAGCCAAUUUUGAUUCAGAAGUUGAGUACCUUAAGAAAUCAUUUGAAACGCUAGAGGCAGCUUGUGAAGAACUGAGGAACAGCAGGAUGUUUUUGAAGCUUCUAGAAGCUGUUCUCAAGAGUGGGAACCGCAUGAAUGUUGGAACCAACCGUGGGGAUGCCCAUGCCUUCAAGCUUGACACACUCCUCAAACUCGUUGAUGUCAAGGGCACUGAUGGGAAAACCACACUCUUGCAUUUUGUUGUACAGGAAAUCAUAAGAGUGGAAGGUUCUCGUCUUUCUGGUGCCAAUCAGAAUCCAACCAAUGGAAAAACCCAGCAAUCCACCUUUAGGAAUGAUUGUGAAAUUAGGAAGUUGGGCCUUAAAAUUGUAGCUGGUCUUAGCGGAGAGUUGACUAAUGUAAAGAAAGCUGCUGCAGUGGACUCCGAUGUGCUUAGUAGUGACGUCUCAAAGCUUGCUAGAGGAAUUGGGAACAUCAAUGAGGUAGUGAGAUUAAAUGAAGCAAUGGAGUUGAAGGAAAGCAACCGCAGAUUCUCUGAGUCGAUGAAUGCCUUCUUGAAGAAGGCCGAGGAGGAAAUUAUCCGGAUGCAAGCACAAGAGAGUGUGGCUCUUUCUCUAGUGAAGGAGAUAACUGAAUACUUCCAUGGAAAUUCAACCAAGGAAGAAGCUCACCCGUUCAGAAUUUUCAUGGUGGUGAGAGACUUUCUUUCUAUCCUUGACCAGGUAUGUAAGGAAGUAGGGAAGAUCAAUGAGAGAACGAUAGUAAGUUCAGCCAGACAUCUUCCUGUGCCAGUCAAUCCAACACUACCUCCUGUUUUUCCUAGAUUUAAUGGGCGGCGGCAAUACAGUUCUUCAGAUGAUGACAGUUCAUCAUCAUCAUAGGACUUGGUUCUCUUUGAUAUUUUGAUUGCUUUUCAUCAAGAUGCCUUUUUUUUCUAGGAGAAGACUUUUGACAGGGGAGGAUAAUGGUUGGACGGGCCCCCCAAAUAUUUAAUGAAACAGUCUCUGUUGUAUUUAUACAAAUUCAUGUUUCUUGUUCUGCAUAUAAUAUAGAAGAGCAAUAUCUCAAGGGAAGAAUAAGGAAGAGUUGGUGAUAUGUUGAUCUCUCUUGUAAAUCUAUUGGAAUUGGAUAUCAAGAAUGCGGUUCAGUAAUAGAUGUAGGGUUUUCAUUGAUGGGCUUUAUAAAUUUACAUGCCAUUUAAAUCUCUGGA